AUGUUGACUAGAAACCUUUUACGUUGUGCUUCUACUGCCACAGUAAUUUUUUCAAGAACAAGGGUGCUUAACGGAGUUCUAAGCUAUUCAUUCUAUUCGACCAAUAACAACAACAAUAAUAAACCUAACAAGGAUGAAGAUGAUGUAGUAUCAAGGAUAAAAAUCCCACCAAUUGAUAGAUCUAACGAACCAUUAGAAAGGACCCGUUCCAGAUUAAUUUAUCAAUCAAGGAAAAGAGGUAUUUUGGAAACUGAUUUAUUAUUAUCUGCAUUUGCCGCUAAAUACUUGAAAGAUAUGGACGUGGUAGAAUUAAAAGAAUACGAUGAAUUGUUAAACGAAUUGGAUUGGGAUAUUUAUUAUUGGGCAACUAAGAACUUCGAUUAUAGUCCAUUACCUAAAAAAUGGAAUGAUUCAAAAGUAUUGAAAAAAUUGCAAGAAUUUAGUCAAAAUAAAAAGAAGGAAAUUUUGAAGAUGCCUGAUCUAGAUAAAUAUUAA